GUCCUGUUGAAGAAGAUUCAUCUGUGUUCGAAGCGGUCGGCGUUGUCCCUCAAGGAACAGUUAUCCAAGUUUCUUCGCGGAAUGAUAAAUGAGCAGGCGUAUCGGCUCAAAAUAUUUUCCUUCGAAUCAUGAUCAGUUGAUAAUAGAUCACGUUGUGCACUCAGUUCAAUCGUAUAUUCCCUUUGCUUGUCCUGCCCCUUAAUGCGUUGUGCUUAUGGUCUUUAACUUGUUCGCUUUCAUCAUUUAUUUUUCUGUGCAUCUGGAGUCGUCUGUCGCUUAUAGAUUCCAAGUUCGUCCUCUUGUUUCACGCUGUCACAGGGCUCCUUCCCUGAAACGUUGAAAGCUUCGUAAAGCUUGGCACGAUCACGACGUCUUACCUUUUGUGCAGAUCUCAAAUUCGAUCAUCACCCACCACCUGAAAUUCAGCAUGCAUCAUGGGGCUCUCCCGCCGUGUACUCGUUAUCGUUACAUCGGUACUUCUUUUGUUCGUGGUGGCCAUCUCCCUCGUUGCAGCGAUUGAGGUCAGAAGCUCUCCGCGAAAGAUCAUACCCAUACUUCAAGUGCAGGCGCAGCAAGCCGGAAAGUCUGAUCGCGAGUCUGUCAAGGGAAAGGCGAAAAUCAAUGGUUCCGAUUUCGACCGCGCAGACAUCUAUCCUGCGCCAACUGUAUAUUUGACGGCGGAGCCAACACCGGUGCCGACAACGCCGCUCAUGACGACAUCCAUAUUUUGGAGCAGCAUCAACGACGAAGAUGGGAUGAUAGGGCGGAGUAAAACGGCGCCAUUACCCUCGACGAGUGUUGUCGGGAAACCCAGCAGCAGAGUCAAGUCAUCACUUCCCUCUGCUCCGACGGGGCUACCUGGCGCAUCACCCCCUCCAACAAACCCCCAGCUGCCGAUAGUGGCAAUGACAUAUACUGGAUCAAGUGGCCCGCAACACUGUCGUGGAGAACUGAUAGCACGGGUAGACUUCCCACUGCCUCCUUCGGCGUACAAGAACGGCACCUGCAUCAACCUUCCGGCUAUGGCUCGCUGCGGUGUAUUUUUCGCUUACAAGGAAGCCGGAUGCGAGGCCGAUCUGUUCAAUGCGGAUGACUGCUUGAAGACGACAACGACGUAUGUGAACACCGUUGUGUUCAUGCCUGAGGAGAGAAGCGUUGGCGCCUAUUGGAAGAGCAUGAAGAUCAGAUGCGGAGUCGAGGCACCUGAGGCGAAGCUUUUGGAUCCCGCACUGCUGGAGGGCUUGGUCAAGAACCCAACAGCAAAAACAGGGACGCCGUAAGAGGUUGCAGUCAUGUGUCGAUGUCCAUAAGGCCAGGAGGUUUUCCACGCCGGCCAGCAGUGCAUCCCCAGAGCCCCAGUAGACCCGGGACUUCAUCUGGAAAGCCCUCACUUCAUCCACGGAUCUGCUAUGGCGUACCAAUCGUAUCUGCCGCUAUUAGCAGCGCAAGGUUCAGUCACAGCUCAACUGAGGUGGCCGGCUUGGCAGUGAAUGCCUCGU